CUACGUUUCUUUCAAGUGAGCUCAAGCAAAACUAUUUUUUUACAAUAUGAAGUUUCUUUUCGUUGUGACUCUACUCGUGUGCUGCAUUAUGCAGUUCACCAACGGCUACUCCAGAACAAUGGCCAACGCCAGACACUCAGCUUAUCCCGGCCAGUGCUACGAGGGCCAGACAAAGACGACGAUCAAGAAGGGAUUUAGCAAAUACAAGAACUGCGAAAAGUGGACCUGCAGCAACGACUACACUCUGAGUGUGACGGGAUGUGGUGUAGCGGCAGUGCCCAAAGGAUGUCGCACAACGAAGGAUACCUCCAAAAAAUAUCCGGACUGUUGUCCAAAGGUCGUUUGUUGAAAGUGGUGCGCUAAAUAUAAGGAAUUUCUCAAAAACCAAUAAACAUAAAACAUUACUUUACAAGCCCAAAA